CUCACAAUAUGAUUCACAUGCACGACAGGACCUCAAGGAUAAAGGAGCUAGUGAGUCUUGCAGUACUCAGUCCGAGAAGACCUAGCAACGGCAUAGCAGCGAAGUUCUUGCUGUAGAAUUUCCCUUCCCAACUAAGGUAAAGCCUCUCUGCGUCGAGAUGAACACCCAUCUGCUAGUUUCCCUCGUGGCACUGCUGGCACACGGGGCUUGGUGCCAGCGCUCCAUGGGAUCCAACAUCGAUACGCUACUUGGCAUCGUUUCCGAGAAGCAGAUCACAGACAUCUUAACAGGAGAGAGGUUGGACCUGGAGAAUUGCUUCAGGGUCACGAAGAAUGUGAAGACCUGCAUUGCUGCCACGAGGACCUUCAUAGCGUUGGCCCAGCAGCUGUCGCACACGGGGUACAAGUGCGACGCCUGCGAACCCAACCAGCAGGCCGUCAUCGACAACUUCGUCAGCACCGUCCGCGGAACACCGAACUGCCAGUACUUUCUGUCGCUUCUGCCCAUUCAAGAUUUGUGCUAGUCUGGAAUCGGCUGGAUUUCCUCUCUACUAAUGUUGCUUUGUACUAACACUUCGCUUAUACUCGAUACUUCAUGCUUUGAUGGUUCAUUAUAAUGUUUCGAGGCGUUGUUUCGUACUUCUACGACGUCACGGCGUUUUGAUACUUUUUUACCUGUGUUUAGGCUUCAAUGCAGUGUUUCGAAGCUUUAUUACGAUGUUUUAGUUAUUUAGUUAUAUUGAGGUCCUGACUCCUGUCAGGACCUCAAUAC